UUUCCAAAAUAGCGUCUCUAUCUGCAAGGCAAUGCUCUGAGCUGGUCAAGGUUAGGACCAUUUUACAGUCAUUUCCAACCCUAACCCUUAAAUGAUGGCCUCAGAGAUGGAGCUCUGCCCUUGCUCCUUGGUCGGCCUUUCUUGUUUUCUGCAUAGAAAUUUUCUCCCCCACCAACCUCUCUCUCCUUGGCCAUCAGAAUGAUUUAUUUUCCUGCCACUGAUGCCUGCCGGCCUGGGGCACUCUGAUCACUUGGUCCAUUUCAAAGGAAGCAAAAGCGAAUCUCCAUCCUUAGGGCUUGAGGGAGAGAAGCACUCAAUCUGAAGUCCUGUCUCAGAACUGGAAGAAAAAGAAAGGAGGAGAAGUUGAAGCGAUGCAACUCCUCCUUGAGUCGCCCUCUCCCACGCAGUGCUGGUUCCCACAACAGAACCAGGGUGCAAAUCUCCCUGGUGCCCAAAAGCAGGAAGGUGUGGGAGGCAAUUCAGGCUGCCAAGAAACACUCGCUGCAUCUGAACCAACCAGUCCCCAACCAGAGCGACAAGAAGCCCAAGAAGAGUAGGAGGGAUAAGGGAGCGAGGAACAAGAGUCCUUUCCCUUCCUGCUGAUAAGUUCCAGCAGUCUUCCUGGAAAUCGGAAAUACUCACCGCACCCGAGCCCUACGGGUAUGAAACCCAGAGUGCCAGGAGCCGCACCAGCCUGCUCGGGGCGGCAUUGCUUUGGCUGGCCGCCGCCCAGGCUACGGGGAUUUGGACAUAAGGACCUGGGGCUGCUGUCUCUCUUGGCACAAGCAUCUAUAAUCUCCAGCCACUCCUGAGAAGUUGAUGGCGUUGGAAGAACUUAUGUGGCUGGGAUGCAGGGCCCUCGGGUGUCAAAACUUUGAAGAUUAAUGGAUUACUUUGUUAAUGACUACAGGCGUCAGGCUGAGGUGCUUAAAUGAUUUGUGAGGUGCGAGGCGUCUUCCCGACAGUCCCAAACAAUGCGCGGAGUGUGCGGGGGAGGCAGAGGGCAGCCGCUGGCGGGACCGGCAGUAGGGCUCACACGCACACACUCACACACACUCCAGGGAGCACACUAGAUCCUUGCAGAUCAGGAGGCAAACAGGCACUCUCACCCCCACGCACUCCGGGGCAUUCCCAUCCACACCCACAUAUAUGUAUUUUUGCCCUGAAAAAAGUGUAAAUAAAGCCUCGAUGGCCCCCAAUGAGGCGUUCCUUUCUGACUUUUUUGGAUCAAUCAAACAGACAGUGGCUUCUUUUGAUUAAAGCCCAAAUUGUCAUUGGGCAGAAGCAAUCAUGUGACAGCCAAUUCGGUCCAAUUUCAACCUUGUCUCCAUGAAUUCAAUAGUUUAAUAGUAGCGCGGUCCCCAUACGGCUGUAAUCAGUGAAUUAGAAAAAAAACACCCCAGCAGCGAUCUUCUAUGAUAGAUUUUUUUUUUUACCUCCGCGCUCGCCUUUUUCCUGGGCCUUGCCCCCCCAAAGCCCCUCCAAAAGAGGGAACUUUUUCUCUGAGGGGGCUCCAAGGAGAAGGCCAUGAAUUACGAAUUUGAGCGAGAGAUUGGUUUUAUCAAUAGCCAGCCGUCGCUCGCUGAGUGCCUGACAUCUUUUCCCCCUGUCGCUGAUACAUUUCAAAGUUCAUCAAUCAAGACCUCGACGCUUUCACACUCGACACUGAUUCCUCCUCCUUUUGAGCAGACCAUUCCCACCCUGAACCCGGGCAGUCACCCUCGCCACGGCGCUGGCGGCCGCCCUAAGUCGAGCCCCGCGGGCAGUCGCGGCAGCCCGGUGCCCGCCGGCGCCCUGCAGCCGCCUGAGUAUCCCUGGAUGAAGGAGAAGAAGGCGGCCAAGAAAACCGCACUGCCGCCCGCCACCGCCUCCACGGGCCCAGCCUGCCUCGGCCAUAAAGACUCCCUGGAAAUAGCUGAUGGCAGCGGCGGGGGCUCCAGGCGCCUGAGAACUGCUUACACCAACACUCAGCUUUUGGAGCUGGAAAAGGAAUUUCAUUUCAACAAGUACCUUUGCAGACCCCGGAGGGUGGAAAUCGCCGCGCUGCUGGAUUUGACUGAGAGACAAGUGAAAGUGUGGUUUCAGAACCGGAGGAUGAAACAUAAGAGGCAAACCCAGUGCAAAGAGAACCAAAACAGCGAAGGAAAAUUUAAAAACCUGGAGGACUCGGAGAAAGUGGAGGAAGACGAGGAAGAGAAGUCACUCUUUGAGCAAGCCCUUAGUGUCUCUGGGGCUCUUCUGGAGAGGGAGGGUUACACUUUUCAGCAAAACGCGCUCUCUCAACAGCAGGCUCCCAACGGACACAAUGGCGACUCCCAAACUUUCCCAGUUUCGCCUUUAACCAGCAAUGAGAAAAAUUUGAAACAUUUUCAGCAUCAGUCACCCACUGUUCCUAACUGCUUGUCAACAAUGGGCCAGAACUGUGGAGCUGGCCUAAACAAUGACAGUCCCGAGGCCCUCGAGGUCCCCUCUUUACAGGACUUCAAUGUUUUCUCCACAGAUUCCUGCCUGCAGCUUUCAGAUGCACUGUCGCCCAGCUUGCCAGGCUCCCUGGACAGUCCUGUAGAUAUUUCAGCUGACAGCUUUGACUUUUUUACAGACACACUCACCACAAUCGACCUACAGCAUCUGAAUUACUAAGAACAUUAAAGCAAAGCAAAGCUUCACAAAACAAAACAAAACA